AUGUUCUUCCCCAGCGUCGGGGGAUCGAGCACGGGCGGAGCCGCGCCGAACAUGGCGUCUCCGAAGCUUAACCUCCCUGGGAAAGAUGACGACAUCACCGGCAAAUUCGACCCUACGGCUCUCGAGCGCGGAGCGAAGGCGCUGAAGGAGUUAGAUUCUUCUCCCAACGCGGCCAAGGCCUUCGAGGUGACGAAACUCCAGGAGCAAACGAAGCAGAAACAGCUCCAGAAGGAGAUGGAAGAGCUGGCGACCGUACGCAUGCGAGCGCAAGCAGAUCACGCCCGCGCCGAGGCUGAAGAGCGGCGAAAGACGAUCAACCACGCGCAGGAGCAGGAGCGAGUCACAGCGCAGUACCGCGCUCAGCUCGAGGCCGAAGCGUACCAGAAGAAGCUCCAGGAUCAACAGAAGCAAAACGAAGUGUGGCUGGAGCAACAACACCAGCAGUUUCUGCGGCAACAAGAACUGCGGAAGAGGCAAGAGCAGGAACUGUUGGAGAUGCGGCGACAACAGAUGCGCGAGGAGAAAGCGCUGGAGCGUGAGGUGAUGAGGGAAAGGAUUCAGGAGGAGACCAAAGGACGGAUCAAGCAAGAGAGAGAAAAUGUUGAUAUCCACCUCAGGGAAAUGCGUGCAAAGGCAGCUGAGUUCCGGAAAACUCGCAUGGAGACUCUCCAGACGGUCUUCUCCGGCGUCGGAAACGCAUUCAACGAGCUCAUGAGCGAUCGCUCUCGCCUCGCGACCCUGGUGGGAAGUCUCACAAUGUUGGCGUGCGGCGUCUAUGGUGCACGCACAGGCGCGCAUCUCGUAGGAAAGUACUGGGAGUCGCGUCUCGGAAAGCCGCCACUUGUGCGCGAAACUUCCCGCUGGGUCUUCUCUAAGUCGUUCUUCAAUCCCCUUCGCUUUAUUCGGGGCAAACAGAAGAAGGAUUUUCAGGAGAAAAUUGUCCUCGAGGAGGAGCUCGCAGAGAGGCUUCAGUGGACGACGAAUUCUCUCAUCUCCAGCAAGGCGAAUGGGACGCCUUUCCGCCACAUGCUGCUAUACGGUGCUCCUGGAACCGGAAAGACGCUCUUCGCCAGAACUCUUGCUCGUGAAUCGGGAAUGGACUACGCGAUCAUGACGGGCGGCGACGUGAGCCCGCUGGGCAUCGACGCUCCGAACGAAAUCAACAAAUUGUUUUCCUGGGCGAACAAGUCGCGCAGAGGUUUGCUUCUCUUCAUCGACGAGGCCGACGCUUUCCUUCGCCAGGGUCGAGGAACGGCCAGCGGCAUGUCCGAAGACAUGCGCAACGCACUCUCCGCCUUCCUCCACCACACCGGCACGGAAAACGACAAAUUCUGCGUGAUUCUCGCAACCAACUGCCGCGAAAUCCUCGACCAAGCUGUACUCGAUCGCGUCGACGAGCAGUUCGAGUUUCCGCUGCCUGCUGUGGAGGAGCGGAAACGCAUGCUGAAGCAGUUCCUCGACGAGUACAUUUACUGCACCACUCGCACAGGAAAAAAGAUCGCAGUUGACGAGAAAAUUGACGACGCUUUUGUCCAGGAGAUGGCCGAGAAGACAGAAGGCUUCUCUGGACGACAACUGGCCAAGCUGGCCAUUGCUUUCCAAGCUGCAGUUUUCGGCUCUGGCACCAACACACUGACCCGCGGCAUGGCCGAGACGGUCUUAGCCUGGAAGCUUGCGCACUUUGAUCAGGACAUCGACACAAUUGAGCGCCGAGCUCGCGACCAGAAACUUUCUGACGCUCGCGCCGAAGCUUAG